CAUUCAUUUACUUCAGACUCAAAAGCCAUCCCCCUCUCUCUCCCUCUCGAUCUCUCAUGGACUCCUCCAAGGCCAAUCCACCACCACCCACACUUCCCAUCUACUACACCCCCUUGCCACCCCAACCCGAUGCCCCAAACUACAUCCUUUUACCGCUCCACCACCCUGCAACCGCCUCCCCACGGCGGCUCCAUACCAUUUGCGCCAUGUCGCUGAUUCUUUUAGCCUCGGUAGCCUACAUACUUUACCCAUCGGAGCCGGACAUAGAUGUGGUGCGGCUCCGACUGAACCGGGUCCAAUUCCACACCCAACCGCAUGUGCUCGUCGACAUAUCCCUAUUCCUCACUAUCAAAGUCUGUAACGCCGAUGUCUACUCCAUGGACUAUAGCACGCUUGAUGUGGCGAUCGGGUACCGGGGAAAGAUGCUGGGGCAUGUGAAGUCGGACCAUGGUCAUGUGAUGGCGCUCGGGUCAUCCUAUGUGGAUGCCGAGCUGGAGUUCGACGGGGUUGAGGUGUUUAGCGACGCGGUGUUCUUGCUCGAGGACUUGGCCAAGGGCACGGUUCCACUCGACACGGUUACAACGAUCGACGGGCGAGUUGGGUUGUUGUUCUUUGGCUUCCCUCUGAAAGCCAAAGUAUCAUGCGAGGUCUCAGUGAACACCCACAAUCAAACCAUCGUGCGUCAAAACUGUUUUGCUGAGUGAUGGAUUGCUUUGCCAUGAUGAAUCAGAAUCAGGAGGCUCCGUAUUAUCUCUAGCUUCAGUAUGUGAUUAGAUUUCGCGACAGCUUGUGUCUGCGAUAUACAUAGACGUCGAACGAACCAUAUGCGCACACAGCGCUUUAGCUUGUACUAGCAUUAUGCCUUCCUUUCAAACAUAAUCGUGCAUCUGGUUGCACUAAUAAUGAUAAAAGGGCCUGUGAUACUUUAGUUUGUUAUAUAGUGAUUGUAAGAGAAUCGACUUUUGCUGAAGAACCAAUCGGGAUAGAAGGUUGGUAUCAA